AUGAAGUAUCAAAAAAAUCAAGUCAGUGACUCGGAGGAUGAGUACGAUCCGUUCGGUUCACCGAUUUUAAAUCCCAACUCCGAUCCGCUUGUUUCAAACUUUUUUCAUCAAUCAUCAAAUCAAAGAACCUACACUGAUUUAAAACCAGUUUCCACUCGCGCUUUGGAGAAUGGGAUUUUGGAGAACGCGUUGAAUCUGAUGGAGGAUGUGGAAAAGAGAGCAAAUGAUCAACCAUUUAUACCGAAAAUCGAGAAUGCAUUUAUGACCAGAGAUCAAUUCCAUCAAUCUAACAAUCAAAUGAUUGAGCAAAAUGAUUGGACUAAUACUUCGUCUUGUUCCUCAUCUCAAGCCUCACCGAUUACUAGAAGAGGAAAGAAAAUAGUGUCAAAUCAGAAUCCUUCGCUUUCUCCGCGACAAUCCGAGACAUCUCCAAGAAAGCCAGGACGACCAAAAAAAUACAAUCUGGAUAUGAAAGAGAUCGAAGUGAAAGCAUCUCAGAUUAGAAAAAAUGGAAAACUGAGAACGUGCAACAAUAAAGAAGCGAUUCAAAUCGUCACAAAGCGCGAAGCGAACAAGAAAUCGGUUCACGUGUGUCGCAUGAAAAAAGGAGAGAUUGCAAAGCAAGUAUUGGUUCUCUUGCAAAAUCUCGAAGCUCAAUUCACAAAUGGAAACUGCUAUGCGGCGGUGCGCGAGUUGAUGAGUUUUGGCGAAAAAAUUGGAUAUGAAAAGACGAGUGAAUUGUUUGAGUGGCUGUUUCCAAAGUGUCCGGGUGGUGGGCGUAAAGCGAGAAGAGAUCAAUCUGAGGAGACUUCCACUGAUGAUGAUCAACCAUCAACUUCAACGGGCAGAAGACGUCGA